AUGGGGGAGAUGGGAGAUGUCAAUGAUAUGGUGUUGCACGUCCAACGAUUCUCGUGGGUGGAUUAUUUGGUGUUUAUGUUGAUGUUAGCUAUUAGUGCGGUGGUUGGGGUGUAUUGGGGGUUCAUGAAGAAGCAGACUACUCAGAAUGAUUACCUCCUUGGUGGCAGGAAUAUGAAAGUAGUUCCUGUAUCUAUGUCUUUGGUAGCGAGUUUUGUGUCGGGAAUAACUUUGUUGGGGUCUCCCACUGAGGUGUAUAUAUACGGUACCCAAUAUGCGUUCAUAAUGGGCGGUAUAUUUCUGAUGUCCUUCGUCAUGGCACAUGUCUACCUUCCUGUGUUCCACGAGCUCAAAAUUACUUCUAACUAUGAGGGUGGCCUACAAGCGGUCGUGUGGACAGACGUAAUUCAGAUAACAGCUAUGUUUGCAGCGAUGGCUUUAGUUGCUAUAAAGGGGACCAUAGAUGUCGGCGGAAUUGGUGUGGUGUGGCAAAGAAACAUGGAGAGCGGACGUAUCGAUCCACCCAAGAAAGAGCUAUCAGACAGUCAAGCAAACUGGCUAAUGAGAGGAGUGGUCGUUCUUCUGGGCACUCUAUGUGUAGGUCUAGUGUUUGUCGUUGAGAAAAUGGGAACAGUUCUACAGCUAACGAUGACACUAGAAGCUAUGACGAUGGGUCCACAAUUAGGAGUGUUCUCUAUGGGGAUAUUAAUGCCAUGGGUUGAUGCUACCGGUGCAUUAGUGGGUGGCAUCAGUGGUCUAGCGACAAUGGCGUGGUGGUGUCUCACGGCGCAGAUGGCUAUUGCUCGCGGUCUAAUUGUCCAUCCCCAUAAAAACUUGACUACUACAGGGUGCCAAUACAAUUACACUAUCAUAGAGACAGCAACGCUGUCUAAUGAGCAAACGGACGAAGUUAACCCGUUGCUCCGCGUAUCGUACAUGUGGUACACGUUGGCCGGGGCAGUGGUUACCAUAUGUGUGGGUGCAGCAGUAUCGCGCGUGAACAGAGUAAGGGGCGUGGCGUACGUACCACCAGCGUCGAGUCUGUUAGCACCACAACUUAGAAAGUUGUACAAAGAACCACCGCAUCCGACUGACGAGCCUUACAUUAGAGCUUAUGGCCAUAACAAGGUAAUUUGGGUGUGCAGUUUUUAUAUAACCUACACUUUUAUAUAUAUGUAUUCGGCACUCUAUUGGCUAUAAUAUAGGCAAUAUUUAUAAUUAAGCACUUAUUCUCUUUAUUUUUCAUGCUAAUAUAAAGAGAAAAAAAGUAUUAACGAGCUUUCCACCACAAACUUUGCCCGCGUGGUUUUGCAGCUUGUAAAAAGCAAACCUGACUGA